GAGAGAGGGAGAUAGAGAUGCAUGGUAUGUGGGUCUUCCUGAAGAAGAACGUUUACUGUGGAAGUAAGGUGACUGAUGUGGUUAGCUGGCCCGGAAGGAGCUACACUGCUAAAAAGGGUAACCUGGAUUGUGAGCUUGUUGUUCAUGGGACUGCAACUCCGCUUCGGGAGGUGAUUUUCAGGCAGAGCUACACACGAACACUUCUUUGUGGUCUUAAAACUGGAGACCCAUCAAGAAACAUUGUUGAGAUGAUCUUUCAAAGAGCGUCAAUAGACCCCUCAAAGCCAUCAAGAAAGAUCAAAGCUGUCCUCAAGGUGAAGAACACUGCAGAAAAUGUCGAAAGGUUUGAAAAAUAUAGAGAAAAUGUGAAGAAGAAGGCCUACGAGCAAUACAAAAGGCAUCCAAGAAGCACAGUGGAUGGGAACGAGCUGUUACGAUUCUAUGGCACUACAAUGGUCUGCUGUAGGGGAAAGUCAAAUCGAGUCUCUGAGCUCUGUAAAGAUCCCAGUUGUGGUGUCUGCAGAAUAAUUCAAUCUAACUUUGACACAUAUUACACCAGAAGAAACGGGGUUCAAUUGAGUACAAGCAGUGAGGACUUGAUUGAGGACAAGAUUGUCACUACAAGGGUGGAGAAUGUAAGAAGGGCUGCCAUAGUUUGCAGGACAAUUGCUGGGAGCACAGUUAACAUGGUGGUUGGGGAAUAUGAAGAUUUUGAUUCGGUUGGGAGUUCACAGUUUUCCAGCUUAGAACGCUUGACAGUGCUGAGUCCAAAUGCUGUACUUCCCUGUUUCGUUAUAGUUCUUGAUUGAUCUCAAUCUUUAUGUAUAUCUUUUCACAUUAAGUGACAAAGAUUUAAUUCCAAGUUUUCCAUGAAAAAGUGAGAGAGAAUGGAAUUAGAUAA